AUGCUCGCCACGCGAUGCGCGACGCGAAUCAACGCCCGCACGGGCACCCACGGUGGGACGACCAAGCGAUCGCAGCCGUCCGCGCGCGCGGUCGUCGCUCGCGCCGCGUCCGGGGACGAACGACGCGCCGCGGAGAGCGCGCGAGUGCUCGAGCGCACGCGAGAGAUUCGUAACUCGAACGAACUCGAUGCCGCGCUCGCGCUCGCCGGGGAAAAUCUCGUCAUGCUCGCGAUUGAAUCGGAUGAGGAGUGCUACGGCGGUGACAGCGCGUGGAGUGGCGCCGAUGCGAAGAUGGAGUCUUGCAGGCAACUCAGUGCUUCGUUGGCGCGCAUCGCUCGCGAGGCCAAGGAUGUGACGUUCUGUUCGAUUAACGUGGUGGGACACGAGGACUCGAGAGCGCUGGCGAGAGAACUCGGCGUCCAACAGUUUCCGACGUACCAGUACUACAAGAAAGGUGAAUUGAUCUGGGAACACGUCGGUGCUGGUGCUGGCUCGCACGAAAAGAUCGCCGAAGGCGUGCUGUACUACGGCAACACGGGUGCAGGCGGCAUGAAGACCACCGAAUACAUCACGGAGAUCGAGUCCAAGGCAGACCUUGAGAGCUUCCUCGAGGCGUGUGCCCCGGAGCAAGAUGUCGAAGGCUUCUCCGCCCCGGUGAGCGUGCCGUGCGACAAGCAGUUGGCCAUCGUUGACGUCUCGAUCGAAAAGAACGCCCCGGCCGGGUGCAUGCAUAUCUUCCCGGCGAUCGUUUCUUUGGCCAGGAACACCGCCGGUGCCACGCGUUGGGCUCGCCUCAUCGGCGACAAGAGCGCCGAAGCCACGUCGUUAAUGAAGGACCUGAAAGUUGAGGAAGUCCCAACGUUCGUGUUCUUUGCGGACGGUAAGGAAGUUGAUCGAUACACUGGAGCCGACCGCCUCGCUCUCAUGAACAAGGUGCUCGAGUUCCAACGCGACAACGGAGUUCGCCUUCCGGAGCGCGCCACGCGCAAGCGCAUGUCCACCGCCGAGGCGAAGGAAAUCGCUCGCGCCGCGCGAGAGCGUGAAAAGGCUGCCGGUCGACGCUCAGGCUGGUAA